CCAGACUGAUUGACACUAUCAAGAGGGAACACAGUAUGACCAUCAGUGAUAUCAUUUUAUGGACGCACUCCAAGACGAUGCUUAGAUGGAUCGGCAGCACCCACCGACGAUAUAAGCAGUUCGUCGGAAAUCGGGUAGCAGAAAUCUUGGAAUUGACGAAGGUAUCCCAAUGAAGAUGGGUGAAACCGGAUUUCAACGAGUUGCGGAUGAUACCGACGGAGAGGAGAUGCCAAGUGAGUUUUCGUUGGUUGCAGCGAACGACUUUUUUGUUACCUUUCAGAGAUUCUCAAGAUACAGUCGGCUACUCAGGACUACAGCCUGAGUGCUAAGGUUCACGCGUUGGUGCCGUGGACAAAGAAGGGAGCUUGAGAAAUACGGCCUCACUGUGAGGACGCAGAGAACCUGUUGCUCAGACAGGCACAACGUGAGGCGUUUCCGAACGAGAUGCGGUUGACAGAAGACGGCUAGACGUUCGCCAGUGGAAGCGACAAUCGGGGACUGGCGCCAUACAUAGAUGGCCAUGGAGUUUUGCGAGCAUACGGCAGAGUCGAUGCCGCAUUGUGUAUGCCAUACAGUGCGAGGUGGGCGAUAAUCCAGUCACACAAGCACAGUCUUACAGAGAUGAUUGUGCAUUAUUUCCACGCCAAGAUGAAGCAUCAAAAUGUGGAUGCUACGUGUUACGGCAGAAACCGCAGCGGCAGCUCUAAAUAUCACUGCGCCUAACAGUCCUGAAUAUCACUGCGCCUAACAGCCCUGAAUAUCACUGCGUUAACAGCACAAACAUUAACAGCGCUGAGCAAAGGGUUAAUUAGGGCGAACGGCAGAAAAAGGCAGUAAAAAGGAAGAACGAAAACAAAGGCAGCGGAAAAAGCACUGAAGCGGUACAAGUUUUUUAGCGCUAGCUCUCGUAGUUUAACACCCGCCCGACAUUGUAAAUGAAUAAAUGAAUAAAAUAAAUCAAACUAAUAAAACCGAUUUAAAGAACAAAACCACGGGAGGCGUAUUGAACACGAGAGGCUUAUCAAACGUACGGCCCCAGAUUUGGAGGCGUUGCCCGGCGCGGCAAUAUUCUAAAAAACUUUUCCUGCGCAACAGAGAGCAAAUCGAAUAAUUACGACCGACAGAAAGAAGAUCGGCGUGCGACGCAGUCAGCUGCGUCACGAGGGAUUCGACUUUGCAGGACUGUACAAAAAAGACACCGGAGUAAAAUGGACGGCGUCAAAGGUCAGCAGUCGGAAUCUGGCGGUGAGACCCCGUGUGGAUUAGGAGAAAUAAAUAUGCCGGAAAAGAUGCUUGGUGCGUGUUCUGAGACUGAGGGAGGUGCUAUAGAUGUGAUCUCGGCGGCAACAACGGCCACACCUAACGUGUCCACCACAGACCCAACGAGCCAUCAAGCACCAGAGCAUACCAACCAAGGAGGAGGGGUGGAUCAAGCCUUUUCACCAAGAACGAGCCUUUUAGAUAGCUGGGAAACGUUCGCUCAGCAGAGAGCGGACGCAUUAGGAAGGCCGACGUACGCCACGGCCUUCGAGGGUAUGCGCUCCAUCCCGACGCAUUCCAGACUGCCUCAAGCAGGAGGCCUCAUGAGGUCCACGGUAAUCAACGGAGGCUGGGACAGAGCAGUUCCCAACUGGACCGGAGUCCACAUGUCAGGACCCACGGAAGCCACGCGGACUGGAAUGCCUACUGGGCUGAAUCCGAACGAGACAAUGCCAGUCGGCGCUAUGUGGCAUCCAAUGGCCGCACCGGCGCUGGGUACCAACCUGCAUGGGCAAAACCCCUUCAUUCGCGCCCCGACUGCACAGUAUUACCCAAGUACGAGCCGAAAUAUUCCGGACCCGUACGCGUGCGGGAGUAAUCAAGCGGUCGCGCCAGCGGGGGUGGAGAGAUGCUUGACAGCAUCCCAGAUAGCCGCAAGACAAGUCAUCAACAAGGAUCUACCAUGCUUUUCUGGAAACCCCGAGGAAUGGCCCAUGUUCAUAGUAAACUUCGAGCAAUCUACAGAACGCUGCGGACUCAGGGAUCAAGAGAAUCUCAUGAGGCUGCAAAGGUGCCUGAAAGGUGCUGCUUUGGAAGCAGUACGAGGGAAAUUAAUGAUGCCCGCAACAGUCCGACUAGCCAUUGAGACUCUUCGAAUGCUAUACGGCCGACCAGAGGCCAUAUAUCACACCCUGCAGACGAAGCUAAGAAUGGAGCCGUCCGUGAAAUCGAGCAGCAUCAGCAGUGCGCCUGGCGCUGUCGGUGCAAAAUUAUCGCGCUACUGUUGAUGCGAUAGGACUGUCCGCCUAUCUGAACGACCCAAUGUUACUUCGCGACCUUGUGGAGAAACUCCCAUUCGACUUGAAACUGAAUUGGGCCAGACAAAGCGCUGGACUUCCGAGGGUAAAUAUCGCUGUUUUCGACGAUUGGCUAUUCCGAGUCGCAUCGUGCGCAAGCACCGUGAUGCCAGUAGCACCCGAGAAAGAAGUCUGCACGAAGGAGAAGAACCCAAGAAUCCGGCUUAUGGUGCACAAUGAUAGCAGCGCACAACCGCCCUGCCGUAGGUGCAAUGGGGCCCACAAAUUGGAGGACUGUAAGCAGUUCCUGGAGCUAGAAGGGCCAGGUAGAUGGAACUUCGUCAGAGAAAAUAAGCUAUGCUGGAGGUGCCUUGGCAAACACUUUAUAAGGCACUGUAAGUCAACAAGAGUGUGUUCCGUCGACGGAUGCUCGAGAAAGCACCAUUUCCUCCUCCACAACAGUAACCAGCAAAGCUCUACGGUAGAGA